AUGCAUGCUGGUGCAGAGCUGCACCGCUCUCCACUCAUUCCUGCAUCCAGGGGAUCAUCUGCGAUGUCCUAUCCACAGCUCGGAUAUCCCUACUCUUCUGCUCCACAGUUCCUUAUGCCCACCAACUCUCUGACGUCGUGCUGUGAGUCGCGUGCGCGCUCCGUGUCCGAGUCUGGCUCGUGCGCACCGGCCCCGCCGCCUCCUCCUCCUCCUCCUCCUCCACCACCCCAGGCUCCGGUUUACUGCCCCGUGUACGAGAGCAGGCUGUUGGCCACCGCGCGCCACGAGCUCGGCGUCUACAGCAACCCGUACGCCGGUGGACAGGGCUACGGAAAUUACGUCACUUACGGCACCGAGGCCUCAGCGUUUUACUCUCUGGGUGCCUUCGACGCUAAAGACAGUGCGGCUUCAGCGAGCAUCACCCAGGCUGCAGCUGCUGCUUACUACCCCUACGAUCCCACUUUGGGGCAGUACCAAUACGACAGAUAUGGCUCGAUGGAUGGAGGCACAAGGAGGAAGAACGCCACGCGUGAGACCACCAGCACCCUGAAGGCCUGGCUACAGGAGCACCGCAAGAAUCCGUAUCCCACUAAGGGCGAGAAGAUCAUGCUGGCCAUCAUCACCAAGAUGACGCUCACGCAGGUGUCCACGUGGUUCGCAAACGCCAGACGGAGACUCAAGAAGGAGAACAAGAUGACGUGGGCACCGAGGAACAAGGGCUCGGACGAGAAGAGGUGCGAUGACGACGAUGGCUCACAGGAGGAGCAGAUCAAAAGCGACACCAACGAUGACGAGAGCCGAAGUCGAGACGAUAAGGAGCUACAGCUGAGCGACCUGGACGACUUCGACGCCAUCGAGUCGGAAAGCUCCGAGUGCGACAUGAAGCAUCAGUACCACGUAAACACCCACAUGAGCUCGCUACCUGAGCACCUCAAGGAGACCUCCCUGAAGUUACCUUCGCUUGAAGGAGAUGCUCUAAAGUUACCGUCAAUUCGAACCUCAUUGGAAAGAGACGGUGAUUUGCCCAAAAGCUGCCUGAAAAUUUCUAGCCGAGACUGUGAGCACAAUCCCACUGGAAAUACCAAACUCUGUUUCCAGCAGGACCACCAAACUCUCGACAGCAAGCCGCGGAUUUGGUCAUUGGCCCAAACUGCCACCUCGCUGAAUCCCACCGAAUUUUCUUCCUGCAUGCUUCGAUGUCACCCAGCGAUAACUGGCUCAUCCCCGCCACCCGGAAAAGCCCCAGAGAAGCAACAGGACUCUCCAGUCACCACCUUGAGACACUGGGUGGACGGCGUUUUCCACGAUCCUUUAUUCAAACACAGCACUUUGGACCAAGCACACAACAGCAACAUGGCCAUUUCCUGGGGCACAACCAAAGGCUCGAUCCUGGAGAGCGGAGCUCAACGUGAUUGA